AUGCUUCUCAUUCUUGUGAGGUGUGCCCAAAAGUCAAGGCCUUGUGAAGUACAUACCAUUUAUGACUCGUGAUAAAUUGUUGAUUAUAGGGCAUCAUCUCACCUAUCUUAAACCCAUGGUUCUGUCAAGUUAGAUGUCCUUAAGACGAUUCUGGGUUCACUACUAUGAGUUGGGGCAAUUGAAUCUAAUAUUUUGCCCUUAGAUUCAUGGCUAAUGGACAAGCGCGCAGCUUGUCCCCAACAUCUCGCUGUCAAGCAAGGCUAUAAGAUUCUAAAUUUUCACCAUUAGCCCACUUUUCCGAGUACAAAAUACUAAAAGUACCCAACUACAUCCGAAUACUUGCCUCUAUAUACUGUACUACUGGUGACCUUUCAAUUUUAUGAUCUCUGUUCAUAUAGAUUAUGAGCGUAGGGCUUGAAUGUAUAGUAACCGUUUCAGAAAUUAUUUUUUUUGAUAUACAUCUACGUCUGAAAUUAAUUUCCUAAUUUCUAAUAGCCUACUGUAGUCAAAUGGGUUUGAAAAAUUACUCACUAGGGAGUUGAAUAGCUGUCCAAAUUUCUCUUUUCACGAGGAUUAUUUUCCUUUGUUUCGUUCCACUCAAAGGGUUGGACAAUGAGCCAUCUCUAACCAUUGAACUAGGUAAAUUUGAAUGCCUUGAUACUGCCUAGCUCUCAAUUAAUGUUUUGUAGGCCACAAGUACCAUAAUCGUGCGGGAGCACAAAUUGCAUUGUACCCCAUGAAGUUGCACUGUAGCAUAUAGAUCAUGAAUUAUAGCACAGAGGGAGGCGGGGGCCAGAACCGAUCGAUGCGAUUUGCUCGAUAUCUGUGGUCAUUAGAGAUGAGUCCAACAGAAGCCAUCUUCAAAGACCCAUCAAUCCCAUUACAGAGCCCAUCCACGUCACAGCUUCUGAUCCGUGGCAGUUCCGACGGCAGGCGGGACCGGAUUGUGGUGGUGAUGACAAAGUACGACGGCGAGGGGCUCUUCUCAUCCGACUGGAUCGACGCCGUCCUGGGCAUACGGGGGAAGAACCUGUCAGUCGAGAAGAAGGGCACCGCAUCCUGGAAGCCUCUGCCUCUGCCCUCGCAAUAA